AUGCUCGUGAUCGUUUAUUUAUUCGCGUUGUGCUUUGUAGCAGUGGUACAGGGUGAUACUGUACAAGAAUGUGAGGAUAAGUUGCCACCAUCAUUGAAGAGCAGACUGUGUGAGAUACGUCAAUAUAAAAUAAUCGAAGGACCGGAUAUGGAUAAGCACAUCGAUUGCGUUAUGAAGGCGGUCGGAUUUGUAUACAGCGAUGGUCGGGGUGAUUAUCAUAAACUUUACGAUCCAUUGAAUGCGAUCGAGCAGGACCGUAGACAUGAUGUCAAUCUGGAAACAUGCAUCGGUGAAUCGGUGCGUGUUCCAACAAGUCAACGGGCACACGUGUUCUACAAGUGUUUGCUGAACACAACUACCGGACGAACGUUUAAGAAGGUGUUCGACCUCAAGGAGCUGAUCAAGGCUGGAAAAGUGCCAAAACAUGCCAGAUACACCGCCGAGGUCGCUCAAAUGAUGAAGGAAAUUGAUGAGAAAUUGUGCUAA